AUGCAAAGAAGCUCCGACGAGAGAGCCGACGCGCUAGCAACUGCCGCUAAUGGUGCGGCAGGAGGUGUUGUGGUAAGGGCUGAGAGUGCCUGCUCUGAGAUCGAAGAGAUAUCAGCCGAAGACGACUGGGAAAAAAGAAGUGACUAUGACACGUGUAAGCGGGUGACUGCUGGUAUUUUCCCCCUCGUUGCUCGUGCUGGUAUGCGUCAUGUGGCGUGCAUGGGCAUAGCUGCUGGUGGAGGAGCCAUUGUUUGCGAAGGCAGCAGCAGCAGCAGUAGUCUAGCUUCAAGCAGCAUCGUGAGUUCCCUGUCCCCCUCAGCAGUAGGCUCUGGCAGAUGGCCACCACAGCAGCAGCAGCAGCAGCAGCAGCAGCAGCAGCAGCAGCAACAGCAGCAGCCGGUAGUGUAUAUGGGGGGGGCGAAGGCCUUUAGCUCGUACCAGCCAGACCUACCCCCGGACGGAGUCGCUUCGUCCCUCGAAGAAAGAGGAGCAAAAAAGGGCGAAGUCGAUGAAAGCAGCAGCUUAUUAGGGAGUGAAGUCUUUGCGAAUGUCAUUGAACGCACGCGACUCGGACGGGGAGCUCACCUGCCUCAAAGGCAGCAGCAGAAGAUCAGUCGGCACUUCCAGCUGUACGCCAAGGCAGUAGAGAGCUACAAGGCUAUUGCGAGGAAGGAGCUUCUUGAGAUCUACCGGAUCUGCCGGCGAGAGGAUUGGCCACUGUGCGCCAAAUGGCAUGCCUUGGUCUGCUGUAUAGGCACCAAUGUUGCUGCUUCUGCCGUUUUAUCCUUCGUACGGCAGCAGCUGCUCGGCAGCAGCAGCAGCAGCAGCAGCAGCGCUCCUAGCGCGAACGGCGCAGCUGCAGCGGAAGGGGAUACCCCCACAGAUCCUCUCUUGAUGGUCACAGACGGCCUUCUCCUCCUGCUCAAGCUCAUAGUGGACAUACACCGCAACAAGCGCCCGCCAGUCGUAGAUCUUUUAGGACGGCUAUUUGUAUCCGGUAGCAGCCGGGGGGACGCCCCGACCCUCGCUGAGAAGCGCAUGGAAUACGCGCACACGGACCGAAGCAUCUGCCGCUUCUUUCUGUCGGAGCUACUGCGUCUUUGCGGUCCUCCAUUUGCUUCCUAUUUCUGCACGGCUGUCCUUCGUUUUAUAGCGCAGGUUAUUGCUACAGAGCGGAGCGCCUUUAGGGGCAGCGAGGCCGAGGGUAGGCGAUUGCGGAUGGCGGCUCUCUCAUUCAUUGAGCAAACGCUCAGAUUUUGCGACGCGCCAAGCCCUGUUCCCUCCGACCGUUGCUCAGGAUCCCAUGAUCUUGUGCAGUGGGCUGUUUCGUGCAUACAGGUAGCCGAACUGGCACAGGCGGUGCGCGCGCGGCUGAUGGCGCUUCCGCAAGAAGAAGCGUGA